AUGGCAGAAAACUCAGAGCCAAAAUCGCCGACUUUCGCUCAUAUUAGGGUCAGGCAUUGGCUGGGCAGCAAACGUCGACAGGUCAGGAGCCCACCAAAAGAGAAGCACCAGCCAAAGUGGAAUGACUGGAAGUCGUGGAAACUUGAAAAAAUUACACUUUUCACCUUCUCCGGCGUGACCCUCGGGUUCAUUGCCGGCAUCAUCACCUUGAUCGCACUGUCCAACAUCAAACGCGGCUUUGUUCGAGUCCACGAUUCCUCCAAGACAUUCGCCGGAGUCGACUGGAGAAUCAGCCUGACGUGGACGACUCUUCCCUCGUUCAUCUUUCAAGUAUAUGGACUCUGCGUCGCGGCCAUAGUCGAGUCGUUCGGGUUUCGACAGCCGUUCAUUGAGCUUGCCCGCGACGGGGGAGCCGUGGCCAAAAAGACCAUCGCGUUGGACUAUGGCUCCUUUUUCCCCAUCCAGAGAGAAUGGAAAGCCUGGCGGAACGGACACAGGCAUCUCUUUGGCGCCUUCUCGCUGUCGCAGAUCCUGCGCGUCGGCCUCGGUCCUCUCGCCUCACACAUGCUGGUCGAGCAGGCCCAUUUCCUCAACACGACCGUCGCCUUGCUGCAGGACUCUUCCUUCUAUUCGACCACCAGCCUCAGCGAGCCGAUCGAUUGGGAUCUGUCACCUGUCUUGGGUGCUGCGUCAUCGACAUUGGUGUACGGGGGCAGCUAUCCCCGGUGGACCAACGGCACGUACCUGUUCCUCAACUUCUCGUCGCCCGAGUUGCCGGGCGGCAACGUUUCCCAGCCGGGCAUCGCGGCUGCAACACAGGCGUACUUUGCCAGGCUUGAAUGUCAAGCUUUGAGCGAUGUCGACGACCAUUUGAUCCGCAUCGGUGACCCGAGCAGUUAUGAUGGAAAUGGAGGAACAUGGUGGCUGAACGGCACCGACCGUGGCUGCGACUGGAGCACGAACCUUCAGAUCUCCAAUGGCUUCACAACGUACCUGCAGACUUCCUCGGAGGUGACGUGCGGAGCAUACGGCAGCUCGCUGUACAGCGGUCGUUUGAUCGUCGUCGGUGCCACCAACGUGAACUUCAACAAAUCUGUGCCUACCGUCAUCACCUGCAUACCGACGUACUGGAACUCGCAGGGCCAGAUCAGCAUGAGCCUCGACCAGGAUUCCCGAAGCCCCAUUCUCGGCUUCACGGCAAACACAACCACCGAGCUCAGGCCGCAGUGGUGGGAUUCGUUCGAAUCGCAAUUGAACCAAGUGAAAUCCAUCGACACGACGCUGGGGGGCGGGACGAUGGCGGACUCUGCCAGCGGCAUUGGGAGGGUCAUCCUCGACAACGCCAGGCUGAUCGACAGCAACAACGCACUACGGGAGGAUGUCCUCAUGAUCUCCUCGCAGCGGGUGUUUGCGACGGUGUACUCGCUGCUGGUCAACGACUUUAUGAUCCGAAAGACCCAGACACCACCCACCAGUCUGAGUGGUCAGCUAACGUACACCACGAACCGGCUAUUUGUCUACAACAUCAUCACCUCGAUCAUCCUGGGACUCCUGUGCGCCGUGGCGGCCAUGCUGGUCGUCAUCAUCUGCUACACGGACCGCCACUGCUCGAUGCUCCUCGAGGAGCCGAUCGGCAUCAUCGGCUACGCUGGGCUGCUGGUCGACAGUGCCGUGAACAAGAUCGCCGCGGCAGUUCGUGCCGGAGCCAACUACCGGGGCAAAGCCACCAAGGAUGCCAUGAGAGUUCUCGAUGCGCGAGAUGGGAACGGUCCGUCAUUCGUGGCCACGUAUGGAGGUGAUGACCAGAGGGCAAUGCGCAUCGCACUGCGCGCUGAACAGUCUGAGGCGGAAUUCAUCGACCAGCAUUUCCCGAGCGCCGCAAAUGGCCAUGUCCAGCAGCCCGAGGGGGGAGUAAAUCAAGCAGAUAUCGAUCGGCCACGGCAGCAGCAGGACGCUCAGGAAGCGCCACCCCACGACGCCCAUCAGCCAGAACCAGGACCAGGACCAGGACCAGAACCACAAGCUCUCCAUCCACCGCCGCGGCCGCAGAAUGUCAACGAGACACAGAGCGACCUUAGCUUGCACGAGGACAACACCGUGCCCAGAGCCCCCGUUGAGCCACAGCCGAACCAUCAGCCGGAGCCUGAUGAUGCUGGUCCGGCCAUCCCAACCACCACCGCCGCACCGGCUGGAUGA